AUGUACAAUACAAAUGGUGGUGCACCAGUUCUAGGAGGUUGCUAAUAAACAGCAGCUUGUUCUACUUAUAUUCAUUAAGAAUAAUGCAGAUUCAAUGCUACAGGAGAUCCUUGUGGAUGGAAUGGUACUUAAUGUGCAGAUAAGUCAUGUGCUACUGCUCCUGCAACUGCUGAUUAUGAUGAUAAUGAUAAAUGUAGAGCUUACUUUAAUAAUAAAUGUACAGUUGCAUCUACAGGAUAAGGAUGUGUUGAUAUACCAGAUACAUGUGAAACUAUGACUGAAAAAUAAUGUGUUACUGAUAAGAAUGGAAAAUCAUGUUAUUGGAAUGGAACUGCUUGUAUUACAAGAUCUUGUGAAAAUGCUCCAGAAGCAACAGCUACUGCUGAUGAAUGCAAUACUUAUUUAGCAGGAUGUACUUUAGAUUCAGUAAAAUGUAAAACAAAGGUUUGUGAAGAUUUUGCUUUUGCUACCGAUGCUCUCUGCAAAUCAGCCUUAAGCACAUGUACAACAAAUGGAACAAAUUGUGUUACAAGAGGAACAUGCUUCUAAGCUUAAAGCCAAGCAGGUUGUGUUACCUCUUUGUUGGUACAAAUCCAGCUUAUUGUACAAUAAAGACUUGUAAUACUGCCCCAGUUACUUUAACUUCUGAAGCAGCCUGUGCAAGGUUACUUCACAAAUUGUACAACAAAGAAUGGUGGUGGAUGUGUUACUAAGUCUACUUGUGCAGCUGUUACUAUUGAUGCUGCUUGUACUACUGCCCUUAAUGGAACUGUUUGUGCCUGGGAUAGUGCAUAAAGUAAAUGCAGAGAUAAAGAUUGUUAAGAUUUCAGUGGAACCACUCAUGCUGCAUGCCAAACCUAAAGAGCUGGAUGUACUGCUGGUGCCAAUGGAAAAUGUGCAAGAGUUUAAAAUUGUGAAUAAACUACUAUCAGAAGUGCUUGCAUUGAAGGAACUAAUGGACCAUGUUUAUGGAUUAAUGAUUAUGUUAAUACUGAUGGAUCAAAAGGAGCUUGUUUCAGAUAUACAUCAUGUAAGAGUUUGAAUUGGAAUUCAGAUACAUCAUGUAAAUGGAUUAGUAAUUAAUGUACAACUAAUGGAUCCAAUUGUGUUGGAAUUACUUUAUGUUCUGAAACUAAUACUGAUGGUGGAUGUGUUACAGGAUAUGAUGGAGCUUGUAUUCAAUCAGUUCCAGCCUUGAAUUCUUCAGAUCCAAAGGUUUGUAAACCAUAUACAUCUUGUGCAGAUGCAUUCUACACAACUCAUUCAGAUUGUUAAAUUGCUAGUAAGAAGUGUACAACAAAUGGAACAACUGGUUGCAUCGCUUUAAGUGCUUGUUCAUCUUAUACUACAUAAGCAGGAUGCUAUUUCAAUGAUAAAGGAGUUCUUUUAACAUCUGGAGCCAUUACUUCAACUGGUAUUUGUACUUGGGAUACAACUGCUAGUAGUUGCAGAGAUUAAUCAUGUGCUGAUUUGACUGGAACAACUCAUGCUACAUGUUCAUCAUAAUUAUCAACAUGUACAUCAGAUGGAACUACAUGUUUAAUUAAAGGAGCAUGUUCAUCAUACACUACUUAAACUGCUUGUACAACAGCUGUUGGAUCUGAUGGUAUUUGUUAUUGGGAACUUGCAUCUGCUACAAAUAAUAACACUGCUAAAUGUAGAUUAAUGACUUGUGCUGAUAUUCAAAAUGGUACAUCCACAAAUGUUUGUUCAGUUGCUUUAUCAUCAUGUGUAUCAAAUGGAACUGCUUGCAUUUCAAAGGCUAACUGCUCAACAUAUACAACAAAGACAGCAUGUAAUUCAGGUGGAUUAGAUGGUAUUUGUGUAUUCACUUAAUCAACUGCUACUGGAGCUGCUGCUGGUACUGGAACUUGUGCUUUAAUGACAGCAUGUACAAUAGCUAAUAAUGAUUAAAUUGCUUGUUAAGCUGCUAAGGAUAGAUGUUCAUGGACUGCAGCCUCAGGAACUGGAGCAACUGCAGUUGCUAGUAAAUGUGCCACUCAUACUUGUGCUACAAACUAAGCCACAAAUGGUGCUUGCACAAGAUUCUUGAAUUGGGAUAAAAAGACUUAAUAAAUUUGUACUCUUGUUAGUGGAACAUGUACAGCCACAGACCCAUCAACUUUAUCAUUAAAUGAUUGUUUCUUGGUUUCUGGAUACACAUAUACAUGGAAUGCAUCUACUAGCAAGUGCGGAGUCUGCACUGCUGUUGUUGUUUAACCAAAUAAUACAGAUAAUAAUACAAACAAUACAAAUAAUGAAACAACAACUGAUUCAGGAUAUAUUCUAGGAUUAUCAACUAUCGUUUUUGGAUAUCUCAUGUUCUGA